CUCGCCGCGACGGGCCUAAGCAACGUGUACAGCAUCCUAAGCGGAACUAUGACUGAUGGCAUCACCCACACCUCAUUGACUAAAGUAAAGUUGGCGGUUCGAAAAGAAUCCGGCAACUUGACCACCACCGAGCGAGUAGAAUACAUCAACACGGUCCUAUGCCUGCAGUCUAACCCCUCAAAGCUUUCUUAUAGCGUUGCUUCAGCGGCGGAGCCUCGCUAUGAUGACUUCGUUGCGAUUGAUAAUAAGCAGACUAGGUGAAGAUGGAACUCCAGUCGGUUAGCUGUGGGAAGUCUGAUGGAUUCUCUUCCGAGAAAGUGGAAGUCAGAUUAUAGUCAGGU